AUGAACAAAAUUAGUAAACACGAUUUACUUUUGAAAUAUAAAGAUAAGGAUGAUUUUAUUUUUAACCAACUGUUGAAUAUUGUGGAAUACCCGUUUAAUGAAAUAUUUGAAUAUGCAGAUGGAAAUAUUUAUAUUGGAGAAACUGAAAAUGAAAAAAGACAUGGCUAUGGCUUUUAUAUAUAUGCGGAUAUUAAGGCAAUAUAUCAGGGACAAUGGACGAAGAAUUUAAAAAAUGGGUAUGGAAUUUUAUAUAACAAAAAUGACGUGAUUUAUUCAGGCGAAUGGCUGAAUAACAUUUCACAUGGUUUUGGAUGUAGUUAUAAAAAGAAAAAAAUAUAUUUUGGUUGUUAUAAAUAUGGUUUAAUGAACGGUGUAGGAAUAGUAAAGAAAAAUAAAAGUUUAAAUUUAUGCUUAUUCAAGUCAAAUGAAAAAAAAGUAGGAAUUAAAAUUUCCAAAAAUAUGGAAAUAAAUAUAUGUCUGUAUAAAGAUAAUAAAAUAUAUUUUAAGAAUGAAUUAGCCAAAUAUUUUCCUUAUUAUAAAGACAAUAAUAUAUCUCAAAAUAUUCAAACUGAAAUUUUUUAUAAAAUAUUAAAUAUAGAUAAGUCAGCAAUUGACAAUGAAAUAUUAUAUAAUGAAGAUUGUAAAAAAAAUAAAGCUACAUCAUUAAUAUGCGAAGAAGAUAUAACUAAAUUAGCUAGAAAUAGAAAUGAUAAUUUUAAUUUAAAGCAUUUUUUAGAAAUUAAAUCAAAAAAAUUCAAAAAUCUAAAAAAAGAUGAUUGUAAUGUUAAUAAAUCAAAUAGCUUUUGCACACCUUAUUAUAAUUAUUGUUACUCUCUACCAAAUCAAAAAAUAAAUCAAAAAAUUAAUCAAAAAAUUAAUCAAAAAAUUAAUAAUUAUUCUAAUUCACUUUACGAGAAUCCUUUAAUAAAUAGUAACAAUACAAACCCUUCCAAGUUUCCAAACAAAUUUUAUAGGAAUUCUGUACCUACAACUGAUUAUAUAAAUAAAAGCGAAAAUGAUGUGUUGCCAUUCGAAUUUGACAGAUUUGACAGAUUUGACAAAUUUGAUGAUAAGAUUGACAAGCCAAAUACAUUGGGGGAAGUAGGAAUGGAAUAUGAAAAAAAUAAGAGAGUAAAAAAAAAAAAAAAAAAAAAUUCCUAUUUAAAACGUGUAAAAGACAAAAUAUUAAAUAAUGAGAAUUAUUUAUUUCAUGAAUUGGACUCAAAUAGUUCAAAUUAUUUUUCUGAAAAUAUGACAAGAAAUCCUGAUAACUGUUCAGAUAGCGAAAAGUUAAAAAAAAAAAAAAAAAUAAUUGCAAAACUGAUAAUAAAAAAAAAGGAGGGUAUGGCUUGUCUUUUGGCUAGCUCAAAUUUGAAUAAUGGUAAAAUGAGCAUACCAAAAAAAAAAAAAAAUAAUAAUAAAAUAAAAUACACGUUAUUUGUUAAUAAAUAUAUUAUGAAGUAUUUUUGUAGAGAAAAUAGAGACAUAUUAAAUGAUAAAAUAAAUGAAUUAAAUUAUUAUAACGGUUUUAAAACGGGUAGUGUGCAAAGUAUCGAUAAGUUAGAGGGGGGUUAUUUUAUAUCUCGUAGUAGUGAAACAACUGAAUGUAUAGAUAAACAAAUUAUGGGAAAAUUGGAAAAACAUAAAAUAAAAAAAGAAAAUGAAUUAUUAAAAUACAUUUAUUUAUUAAAAUAUUUAAAAGAAAUAAACAAAAAAAACAAAAUCGAAUGCAUUUAUCAAUGGAAAAUAGAACAUGUUUCUAUUUUGUUAUACCUUUUCGAAUUAGAUGAAUAUAUUCCAUCAUUUAUUUCUAACAAUAUUGAAGGGUUCCAUUUUUUUAUUAUUAAUAGAAAAAUAUUAAAUAAAUUAGGAAUUUAUAAAAAUGAACAUAUAUAUUUUUUUAUGAAUUUUAUUAACAUAUUUAAUAAUAUACAUAAUAUAUAUUUACAAAUUUUUCUAAGAUGGGAACAAAUAAAUAAAAGUUUAUUAUCCUUGAAAUAUAAUUUAAUAAGAAACAAAGAUUUAAUUAUUUUAAAAAAAAUAAAAAAAUCUAAAAACUUAUAUUUGGGUUAUUAUGGAAAUUGUUUUGUAUCCUUAUAUACUAUCAAAAGUAUAAAUUUUAUGUCUAAUUUGAAAAUAAAAGAGAAAGAAAAAAAAAAUAUAAAAAUCGGAAAAAUAUUAAGUAGCGAAAAAAUAAAAAAUAAAAAAAAGGAUAAUGAUAUUAUUCAGUCUUAUAUUGAGAAACAUGGUAAAGUUACAUGUAUUCAAGAAAAUGUUGAAAUGGAAAGAAAAGAAAAUAUAGGUAAAAGUAAAAAUGAUGAUAGACAAUAUAUUCAAAAUAAUAGAGGUUCUUUUAUAGGAACCAAUUUAUUUAGCAAUGCACAAAAUUUGUUAUUUGACAAUGGGGCAAAAGAAAAUAUUUUCCAAACAUUUGAAAAUAUAAAAAACAAUUUAUUAAAUUAUAAUAAUAUGAAAAAUUUAAAUAUGCCUCAAAAUAAUAUGAACAAUUUAAAUAUGCCUCAAAAUAAUACAAAAGAUAAUUCUGAUCAAAGCUAUAGAAAAUUUGAAUUAUUCUAUGAUGAAAAAGAAAAAGAACAAAUUGAAGAAGAAAAAAACGAGGUAAAUAUAACAAAAAACGUUUUUUUAAAGAAUGUUGAAAAUCAUGAUAACAAUUGUAAAUGUUUUAAAAUGAUUUGCGAAUGUAAAAAUGUGCAUAAAUAUAUGAAACAAAUAAGUAAAAGAAUAUGUUUUAUAAAAGAACAUUUUAUUAUGUCUAAUGUAAGACAUCCAAAUAUUGUGGAAUACAUUGGUAAUAUAGUUACUUGGAAAAAAAAUAAAAACAAUAAAAAAAUACGAGAACAUUUUGGCUUGGUUUUUGAACAUAUAAAGGGAAAACGUUUAUAUGAUAUUUUAUAUAAUAAAAAUAACAAAAAAAAUAUCAGAGAAAAUGCUAGAGAAAAUGCUAGAGAAAAUGCUAGAGAAAAUGUUAGAGAAAAUGUUAGAGAAAAUGUUAGAGAAAAUGCUAGAGAAAAUGCUAGAGAAAAUGUUAGAGAAAAUGAAAAAAAAUAUGCACAUAAAAAUGACAGUAAAGAUAAUUUAUAUGAUGGAUAUACAAAAUGGGAAUUAAACAAUAAAUUUAUUUUAAAAGUGUUAUACAAAAUAUGUGUUACCCUACAUUACUUACAUGAAAAAAAUAUAUAUCAUGGAAAUAUAAACAGCAAAAAUUUGUUUAUAACAAAAAAUGGAAAUGUAAAAAUAUGGAAUUUUAAAAAUGCACACAUUCAAAAUUAUUAUGAUUAUAAAGCUGAUAUUCAAAAUCGACCUGAAUGUUCAGAAAAAAAAAAUAACAUUUAUUACAAUUUGAAAGCAAAUAAUUUUAUACCAUUUCCAUAUAUUACAUAUAUUAAUUAUACAAAACAAAACACAAAAUAUAUUGAUGAAAUAACAUCAACACCAUUUUUUUUAUAUACAAACAUAUUUAAUUUGAAACUUAUGAAUAAUCAUAUAAAUGUAUAUACAGCACCAGAAGUAUUAAGAGGUGAAGAAUAUACAAAUAAAAGUGAUAUAUAUUCAUUUGGUAUAUUAAUGUAUGAACUUAUAUUUGAAACAUUACCAUUUAAGAAUAAAUAUGAUAAUAAUAACUACUUUAACUUUUUUCUUUCUAUUUUAAUAUCUACAUGUCAUUUUCAAAAUUAUAUUUACUUUGAUAUGAAUCAAUUAAUUAGCAAAAUUAAUAAUGAUAGUAAUAAUGAUAAUAACAAAAUUAAUGAUGAUAAUAAUAAUAACAAUUUAAUGUCUCAUAUUUUUAUAAAUAUUACGAUUCUUAUAAAAUCUUGUCUAAACCCAGACCCAUCAAAUAGGCCUACCUCAAAAUAUUUAUAUGACUAUUUUAAGAAUAUACUUGACAUUUUAAAAAUUAUGAAAAAAUGUACUCAAGAAAUUCUCUACAUAUAA